GACCCGCCUCGCCUGUCUCGGGGAGCCCAGGGUAAAGGCAGCAGUAAUGCUAACGCUAGCAAGCAAACUGAAGCGUGACGAUGGUCUCAAAGGGUCCCGGACAGCAGCCACAGCGUCCGACUCCACUCGGAGGGUUUCUGUCAGAGACGAAUUGCUUGUUAAAGAGGUUGCAGAACUUGAAGCUAAUUUACCUUGUACAUGUAAAGUGCAUUUUCCUGAUCCAAACAAGCUUCAUUGUUUUCAGCUAACAGUAACCCCAGGUGAGGGUUACUGCCAGGGUGGAAAAUUUCAGUUUGAAACUGAAGUUCCCGAUGCGUACAACAUGGUGCCUCCCAAAGUGAAAUGCCUGACCAAGAUCUGGCACCGCACCAUCACAGAGACAGGGGAAAUAUGUCUGAGUUUACUGAGAGAACAUUCAAUGGAUGGCACUGGCUGGGCUCCCACAAGAACAUUAAAGGAUGUCGUUUGGGGAUUAAACUCUUUGUUUACUGAUCUUUUGAAUUUUGAUGAUCCACUGAAUAUUGUAGCUGCAAAACAUCAUUUGCGGGACAAGGAAGACUUCCGGAAUAAAGUGGAUGACUACAUCAAGCGUUAUGCCAGAUGAUA